AUGUCGGCGGCAUACAAAAAAAGAAGAUCUCUUCCGAAGGACUUUGUAUCCCUCAUCUUCAACAAAGAGCAAAUCACCUUGUCGGACUGCAUCCCUGUAUUCGUUGAACUGGAGCGUAAUCCUGAGUCCUUAUCCCGCUUAUUCUCUGACGAAGAAAUUCUUUUGCAGCUUUUAUCCAACUUUGAACACUAUGCCUCAAGAAUCUCAAGGUUUUUCACAAUGUUCAAAAGGCAUUCAGUGAACCAUCCAAUCGAUACAACGCGUCAGAAGCCCUGGCUAGGGUCCGCUUUUGCAAAUGAGCUCACCGAGCGCAUUCUUCUACCAUUGCUUGGUGUUGAUUUUAGCCAGUUUACGUUAUCAAACAAUUUCCUGGACGCAUUCGGCGCUGUUCUAGAGUGCUGCCUCCCGCACAGUCCCCGAUCGUUUGAGAGGCUAGUUGGACGAUUAUUCAAAGAAAAACUUGUCUUUGCGGCGUUGAUCUCCGGAAAGACAACUGGUGGAAUCAUGAAGCAGUGGACUUCAUUGUUCCCCGAUGUGAUCUACGACUAUCAUACUCUUAGCGCAUGGACGAGGAGGCUCGUAGAGCUGUGCGAUACCUGUAUGGGGAACCACGAUAUUGAUGAACCAAAGAAUCGCUGGCAGUCACUGGACAUUCUUCUUCCCCGGUUAAUUCGGGCUCUGAGGAAUCAUCCACGACCAACACCAGAUAUUCCAUGGAAAUUAAGGCUAGAUCCAGAUCUGGUCCUCGAAUUACAGCAUCUCGGGAUCUCGCCACCCACAUCGGAGCAUGCUCUGGAAGCGGCUAUCUUCACAUUGGAGAGAGAUGAAACUGUACGUAUGUUCAAGGCAGCUACUGAGUCUUUUCCUUGCCGGUACUGUUAUGAGUCCUCGACGGGGAGGGAAUCAGCAGAACUUGAACUGGAGCAGCGAGAAACUUGUCUCAGUCUUGACUUUGGGCACUUUGGGGAUCUUCUUGGGUCUGUGGUAGGCCUGUGGCGAGUGCUAGCCUCCGGGGAGGCCUUGGAAGAUAUGCAACAGGCAUACGAAGAAGGUUCAUUUGACAUGGUCGAACGUGUCAUCAUCCAGCUGGCCUCAGGUGUGUGGGAGGAUCCUCCGAUCCGCGAGCGGCUGGGGGGAGUGAAUAGUCAUCUGUACCUGGCGCGAUAUGGGCAAGAUAAAAAGCGCGGUAUACUCUGGCAGUUGGACGUCGAGUUUGACGAAGCUGCAGGGGCACUGUUGCAACUGGUCAGAAUUUGGAGGAUCGGAGAAAUUGGAACAAUUGAGCAAGCGGAACCUCAUAUCCGUCUGAUACACAAAACAUUCUCUGAGGUCCGCCUCGACGCACAGAAACAGUUUUCAGUGGACCAAGUCAGCGGAAUAGCAUAUCCGAACUCCUACGGGAAAGAUAGUGAUACCUUGACAGGUACCUUUGAGCUCGACGACAAGUCCCAAAAACAGCUGGGUGAAAGCCUUCUGAGAUUUAACAGGUUUUACAGCGUUACCCAAACUACAUUCAGCAAUGUUCGCGUUGAGAAUCUCACCGCCGAGUACCCUCUGAGUCUCGCUAAAGAAGAGCUGGCAGUUGUAAAGGAUACCUUGAACUCCACGCUAAUCCAGGGUAGGAGUGGCACGGGGAAAACAACCUGCCUUGUGUAUAAGUUGUUUGGGCGUUAUCUUGCUUCAAAGAAUCUUGAUGCCAGGAAUUCGCCCCGUCAGGUGUUACUCACGCGGUCCCACGUCCUUUCGAACAAACUGAAGGACUAUACCAAGCGGUUGAUUGCGACACAUGAUUCAGAACCUAAGUCUACUGGGGGAGGAAGUGAUGCGCUCAACUACAUGCUCGGUGACGACGAGAGAGAAGUGAACCACACAAUCUUUACAAUGCUUGCAGAUGAUUUCCCUCUAGUCUGUACAUUCAACCAUUUUCUCAAGCUCUUGGAAAAUACUCUGAGGGCUUCAGACAGACAAGACUUCUCAUUUUAUCCCAACCCAGGCGGCCCCAUGAGUGAUGUUCUUUCCAAGAAUGCGCCUGGCCGUAGGCGUCUAUACCGAAAGAGCCAGGUAGUCGACUUUGAAGUGUUUAGCGAACAAUACUGGGAACAGUUCCCAGCCAACUUGACAAAGGGGGUAUCGCCUACGCUGGCGUUCAUGGAGAUCAUUGGCGUCAUCAAGGGCUCCGCAUGUCGUUCGAUCGACUUCCAACCCCUAACACGCGAGAGAUAUAUCCAGGAGGGACAUAAGAUUUCACCAAUUGACUUGGAUAGAGAUCUGAUGUACAACAUCUACUUACGCUACGAGAAGGUCAAAAGGGAUCACGGAGACAUUGACGACAUUGAUCGGGCAAGAGAUGUCCUCAACGGAAUGGUCAAGAACCGGGAUGUCAGGAAUAGGGUAGAACAAGCGUUCGAUGAGAUUUAUAUUGAUGAGAUUCAAGACCAAAGACUCCUCGAGAUUAUGAUGCUGUUGCAUUUGGUCAAGAGCCCCAAUGCCGUACAUUUUGCCGGCGAUACCGCACAGUCGAUCUCCAAAGAUUCCGUCUUCCGUUUCGAAAAUGUUAAGGAUCUCCUCUACACGCGCUUUUCCUCUGGGAAGAAAGUCACACCACAUGUGCACAAACUAUACAAAAACUACCGCACACAUCAAGGCAUCCUUAACGUCGCAACAUCUGUCAUGAGGCUAUUGUAUAGUAGCUUUCCGGACAUGGUGGAUCGCAUGGAAGAUGAAGAGGGACAGUUUUCUGGGCCGAAGCCCGUAAUGUUCACUGGCAUUGGCUCUGAGGUUCUCUCGAGUAACAUGUUUGGUGCUACUAACCUAGAUGCGAAUCCCGCUCAGUUCGGCGCAGACCAGGUCAUAAUUGUCCGGGACAAGGCGCAGCAGGAGAAAGUACGUAAGGAGAUUGGUGAUUUUGCUUUAGUAUUGACUGUCCUCGAUAGUAAGGGAAUGGAGUUUGAGGAUGUGUUGCUGUUGGAUUUCUUUAGCACGAGCAAAUGUUUAUCUGCGUGGCGUGCUGCUCAAUCCGGAGAUUUUAAUUCGAUCAAACACCUGGCGUUCUGCUCAGAGUUGAAGCAACUUUACGUGGCCAUAACUAGGGCACAGUACAGACUUUGGUUCUUCGAGAGCAACUCAGCAAGUGUGAAGGACAUACUCACACUCUGGGCACCUGACAUUGAGGUAGUUCAGGAGAGUGAUAGUAAUAAACGCGAGAAGCUGGCACAACUGCGUCCGGGAAAGAACGCUAACCCAGAAAUAUGGUCACGCAGAGGAUACCAAUUUAUCGAGAACAAGAACUAUGAGAGCGCGCUCCUGUGUUUUAGGCGAGCAGAUGACAGGAAGGGGACUAAGUUAACAAGAGCGUUGAUUGCUGAGAGAAAGGCCAAGUCGCAUUUAGCCCGCGGGAAUGAAGAAACAUCCGAGGAACAUUUCCGGGAGGCAGCAAAGUUGUUUCAGGAGUGCGGGCAAGUACUUCGUGAAGCCAGCUGUUAUGAAGCGCUGGGGGAGUUUGAAAAUGCAGGUGAUAUUUUUGCGACGCAUGGGGAGUUUUUGCGAGCUGCCGACCUAUAUAUCAGAGCCGAACUGUUUGAGCAGGGGGCAGACUGUUUUGUCCUCGCUGGAUGUCAUAAUGAUGGUGCUGCAGUUCUAGCGAGGGGCCAGAGAUUUGACAGUCUGGUCAAAUAUCUGGACAGACACGGCAUGAACCUGAGCACCGCAUGUCAGCGCCAUUAUUCCAGGCUUUGUAUUCUGCUUGUCCGGCGUGGCAAGAUAUCACUCGAGCUAAGAGAAACCGCUGCCUCCACCCUAAAUGACCUGGAUAAAGAAGAGUUCUUUAAAGAAUAUGAAAUGAAUGAGCAGUUGUUGAAGCUUUUGUUGCGGCAAUGCCGAUUUACUGAUGCCUGGAGUCAUGCAGUCGCAUUUGGGGACCUUCCAGAAGCUUGGAGAAUGGAUGAAGAACGUCGAGGAAUGGCUCAACUCCCACGAGAAGACAGGAUCGAAGUGUACAAUUAUGGACAAGUCAAAGCCUUACACGAGAGUCUCUCACCCUGCGCUAGUGAACUUUUCAUACCGAAUCGUCUGGAACCUCCAAACCGCAAUUGGUUGUCAGACGUCCCAUCCAUAGCUGUGUUCUGGAGAGAUUUACCUCAACAACUUGACGGGUUUUGGAAACAUCAGAUGACCUAUGAGGGCCUCAAGUUUGCUGAACAAUGGAUGAAAGAGGUUUUUGAUCUAAUUGUUACCAUUAAAGCCCAUGCGUUCAUUCACUCGGCAACUUCCUUCACUGAAUUACCGGUGGAGUCAAUAGCUACGGCGGUCAACCUGACAAAAGAACUAGUGCUUAAUUCGAAUAUUCCGAUGAGUCUCUUUACUCUCUUGGGGGUCGUUCCUUGUCGCAAGCAAGCCGAUCGAUUAGUAGUUCUUCAGUCAUCGCUACUAUAUGACGACGACAGUAGCUUUAUUGGCCAGAAGUCCAGAGUUCUAGUAGCGCAGGCUAUUACCAAGUGGAUAAUUAACUAUGUAUGCCGAGCAUACCGAGGAUUUCACAACCAUCCCGAAUGCAAAUUGCUCCACAGGCGUCCUAUGAAGGAAUCAGAGUAUCUAUCUACGACAAAGCAUUUUCUUUAUAUUGCUUCUAUCGUUUACCGUCUUCUCCCUCUGUAUUACCGCAGGUUCAACAACCUAGCUCCUUUGUCAUUUUUGAGAGAAUUUCGUGGAAAUCAGCGAUGGUCUAUGGAGCGUCUGCUGGCCCAGAUAACAUAUAAAUCGUCCGUAGAACAAUCGCCAGAGACAUUGACGAGAAUAUGGAAUGAGAUCGCGGAACCAAACAGUUUCCACGUCGGUGUUUUCGGAGGAUUAUGCGAGUUACUAUUCUUUCGUCUUGAAAAUAAUAUGAAUACGAUAUCCGACCUCUCUUCGAUGCUUGAACAGCUUCAGAUUGCACAGAACCUUGAUUCGCGGGCAAAUUUCGAGCGCAGUUUAGAUCGCUCUGUUUGGAGAGAUGAAAAGGCGUUGAAGUGUUGGCGGACUUUGCAAACAAUCGCCAACAGUCUCCGUUUUGGUGUAGGGCAUAAAUCAAUCGGUGCUCUAGAUGAAAUGAUACGAAACGCAGAGUCGAUUGAUCUCCACGCAUAUCACUCCAUUAUCGCACUUUAUGAAAAGUGGGCGACGUACCUGAUAUACCAAAGCAACCCCGGCGAUGUGGUAUUACCUCGAGCCUGGAUCUCACUGUACAGACAGAUGCUACUGCAAAAUCAAACUUCAAACAUAGACGUUAUUACUCGCCAUCGUCAGGAUCUACUCCUACUCGCCGAAAGUUUCUGUUUCCUCGUAGAAAAGAUCAGCUAUGACGAGGAACCUUUUCAGCAUAAGGUUUUAGGGAAAAUCAGAGCGAAGGGCCAAGGCAUACAUAUUUUCGCUCGCCGCAAUGCUCAUUUCCUCGGCACUUGCGUUUUGAAUACCCAUUCAUGGCGGGCAGUUUCCCUCAGUACGUAUCUACAGUACAGGCUCACUGUGGUUGGCAUCCGGAUCAAUCAGACACACGGCCUUCCAUUCGCUAUGUCAUCGGAGUUUAGAGACCGCGCGCCAUUUAGCAACUUGUGCCGCGCGUACAUAGAUUCCUUUAAUAUCUACAGCGGAAAAGACGCCCCCCUGAUUGUCACAGCUACGAAGAAUGCCCCAACUUUCUUCUCUUGUCUUCAGCCCACGGUGUCGAGGGUAACAUUGAUGGAGUUGAGCUCUCCAGUUGUUUCGGGAGAAACCGCUACUGAAAAACCUGACUAUGAUGAUGCUAUGCACCUCCCUAAAGAUUAUAGCAAUUUUGAAGCAGCGGUUAACACAAUCCAGAAAAUGUGGAGGUCCCGCUAUCCAGUCAUCAAGACGCGGCGAGCGUUUUUCAGCACCUCUCAAGGUGUGGCCUUGAGAUUUAUCGAGAGGAUCUGCGGAGAGAUUGUGGACAUUUCUGUUAUGAGCGUAGCAGAGCGAGUGCGUGUUCGAUCUUUGUUGUUCACCAUCGGCCUCCAGCUUCACCUAUUGAGCGAAAAGGUCGACAGGAUAUACAAGGGGUCCAGGGAUAAGGCCAAGAACAUGAUGAAUGAAGGGAAGAUGUCAAGCAUCGAGCAUGCACAGGUUUGGUUUGAGAGAUUAUUGGAUUUAGAGGAGAGGAUGAUCGAGAACACCAGUUUCUUUUCCGAAAAGAACAUGCAUUCGCUCCGGCAAAUCGAUUCCAAGGAGCUGGAGAAGAGAAUCCUGGAGGUUUAUAAGCGUCUACCUCGUAUCGAGCUCUCUCUGGACCUACUUAACCCAGAAACACGAAGACCAGCGGCUGCAAUCAUCAUCCAACGUGCGUUUAGAUCACAGAGACACGUGCUCAAACGGCGUCGGGACUUCCGGGCAACCGAGACGGGAAAGACGAUCGCAUAUGUCAAACGUAUUGUUGUGGCUCUCAGCAUCCGUGAUCCCCUUGAUCGCAUUGGAGAGAUCGAAAGAGCCCGGGUUCUCUUCAACCACGUGGCGCAGCUGAUCCAAAAGGUCAAAGAAAUCGAAACCAACUACAAGAAGGCUAAAAGAGCCGUGAGGUUCCGAAUAAACUGGGCCGAUUCAGAGGAAAAACGGAGUGCACGUCUUCUCGCAUCCCAACUCCAUUAUAUCCGGGAGACGGUACAGAAAGAGGCGUCGUUCCUCUCGGAGGAUAACUGGAUGCAACUUAACAUUCCGAGCAGUGAGCUGGAGGAAAUGUGUACGGAAACGUGGCGGGUAAUGAGGAAUGUGGAGAGCUCUUUGUUUCGAAUCAUGGGUCAGUAA